UCAUUCAGCCUACAGGCUGCAUAAAAAAAAAAGAACAUAGCAUAUACACCCAACAAGGACCAGAGACGUACUGGUACAUCACUGAACUUUGAUGCAGCUGCAAGCAUCAUCCUGGAUUGCUUUUACAAGCAGUGGGAGACGAUGCCCCCUCCCCCGCUGCCUUCCACGGCCUUCUCGAGCAGUCCCGUGCCAUCAGGGGAACCUGAGAAUGCAGUCGGUGUUUUUGCCAGAUGACCAUAGAGCUGAUUGGAGACCAGAAUGGUGCCAAUCAUCUCUAUAGUAUAAGAAAUUGGAAGCUACAAGCAU